AUGUACCUGAUGUCGAAGGGGCUGUGGGGCGCGAUUACGGGCGAUGAGACAACAAGUGAGGCAAAGGAACAGCAAGCCCACGCCGCGCACGUGCUUAAUCUGAGCGAUUCGCAGUUGAUGCAUGUCAUCGACUCGGCUACUGCAAGAGAAGCGUGGGGACGUUUGGCGCGAUUUCAUCACAGUCAUGACACGGCGAAUCGACUUUGGCUGAAGGAAAAAUUCGCGUCGUUCAAGUAUGCAGCAUCAAGCAUGAGCGGUCAUGUGAUGGAGCUGGAGGACCUCGUGAUAAAGAUGAAGCGCGCGAACUGCGGUUCAAGCGAAGAGGACGUGUGCGCAGUAUUGUUGCGGAGUCUACCUUCAAGCUUCGAGAGCUUGGUACAGGCAUUCUGCAUGUCCGUCGCAAGCUCUAGUUUUAGUGACCUCGUAAGCAAGUUGAUCGCCGAAGAAGUGCGCCAGAAUGAGUCUGCACGGGUAGAAGAUGCAACGGCUCUCUACGCAGGCAAGAGGAAAGGUGAGCAGUACCCGAAGAAGCAACAAGGACGGCGCGCGAAAGGACCAUCAGAGACCUGCUACAACUGUGGCAAGGUCGGACACUACGCCAGAGGUUGUCGCUCCGGUCGAGGGCCAAGAGAGCAACAGCAUGACCAGUCGAAUGUCGCGUUCAAUGCCUGCGAAGGUGUCGCGAGCGACAGCUGGGUCAUGGACAGUGGCGCGUCAGCACGCAUGUGCAAGGAUCGAGAUGCGUUCGAAGAGUACGAAGAAGUUCGUCAUGCGCGAAGCAUUUCAAGCGCAAAGAGCGACGUGAAGCUGAAUGUCAUUGGACAUGGGACAGUGAAGCUACGCGUCUGGACAGGGCAUGCGUGGAUCGACGCUCGCUUUAAAAACACACUUCACGUUCAAGAUUUGUCCAAGAACCUUUUUUCGCUCACGGCUGCGGUAGCGCGCGGCUUGACAGUGGAGAUAACGCGCAGCGAGUGCGUGGUCAAGCGUGGCGGCAAUACGUCGCAACAGGAAGGAUGCAGGGUUUCCUACUGUAUCUAA